AUUUCCUGUCCUUCCCCCAUAGAAAGCAAGAUGGCCUCUGUUCCUGAAAUGCUUAUGGAGCAAAUCCAGCCUCCCUUGACCACCUCUGGAGGCAAAGUGUCGGUGGUUGGCGUUGGUCAGGUGGGAAUGGCCUGCGCCUUCUCACUCCUGACGCAGCACAUCUGCUCUGAGCUGGCCCUGGUUGACGUUGCUGCUGACAAGCUGCGUGGAGAGAUGAUGGAUCUCCAGCAUGGACUUACAUUCCUGAGGAACGUGAAGAUUGAUGCAAGCACCGAUUAUGCUGUGACAGCUGGCUCUCGAGUGUGCAUUAUUACUGCUGGUGCUCGGCAGAGGGAGGGAGAGUCUCGCCUGUCCCUUGUACAACGCAACGUGGACAUCUUCAAGGGUAUCAUUCCCCAGCUGGUAAAGCAUUCCCCCAACUGCAUCCUCCUUGUUGUGUCAAACCCAGUGGAUAUCCUCACCUAUGUUACAUGGAAACUGUCUGGUCUCCCCAAGCACCAUGUGAUCGGCUCGGGCACUAACCUGGACUCUGCCAGAUUCCGCUUCCACCUCUCCCAGAAGCUGAAUGUCGCUCCUUCCUCCACCCAUGGCUGGAUUAUUGGCGAGCACGGUGACUCCUCUGUACCUGUCUGGUCUGGUGUUAAUGUUGCUGGUGUGCGUCUGCGUGAUCUGAACCCAAAAGUGGGAACCCCUGAAGAUCCUGACAAGUACAAUGAACUACACAAAGAUGUUGUGAACAGGUAAAUUUUCUCCUUUCCCUUGAGCCUUCGGUUUAGUAAUUAAGAACAAGACUUUCUUUAUUUUAUCUUUUGUCCCAAGUUCACUACUAUUAAUUAUUUUUAAAACUGUGGUGUGCUAAAUUUUCAUUUCAUAUUACUGUUAAUUUAGAUUUACUCAGUGGAUGAAACUUGUAACAUGUAAAUAAUGUUUCAUUGGGUUCAUGAGCUUGCCAAUUUCUUUCCAUCUUUUUUCACACUGUAUUCGUUUGGAGUCAUAAGAUAUUCAGCUGUGCUUGGUGCAAGCAGUUGGCUUCAUCACACACUUUUUGUAUUUUCAGUUUUGUUGCUCCUAACCAUUGAGAUUUAUAUUCAUAUUUCUGUAUCUGGUGGUAUAGAGUAGGAAUUUUACCUAGAGCAUGAUUUCACUUUUUUUUUUGUAUUAGUUAUUUGAAUAUUAAAAUAAAAGUUUUCUGUUGGAGCAUGUUUGUAGAAAUGUUAAUAUGUAUUUUUUACCUGAUAAUUUAUAUUCUUCAUUCUAGUUAAUGAAUAGGAAGUUGUCUUACUACCUCAGUUUACUACAGAAGUGUUCUAAAUAUUCAUUGUGUGUUCAUAUAGUUCUAAUAGUUUUUGAUAGUUAGAAGAAAUAACUGCUAAGCUUAGAGAUGAGACUCUGGAGCAAUGUGUUGAGCAUUCCCCUACCUGACUAAAGGUAAGGUUGGGGUUCAGAUUCACCCUUAAUUGACUGAAAGCUACAAGCAAUGUUUUGCCCAUGGAAAGGGAAAUAAUAAUAGUGUCGUCUUUGCUUCUGACUAAAGUUUAUUUCUGUUGCUCCCUGUGUCCUAAUAGUGAUAUUUUGCUUAAUUUUGAUUUUUUCUUUUAUGAUUUAUGUUAAGUUAAAUUCAUGAACUACUGGCAAAUCACAGCAUGACCUGGCUUAAGUUCCAUUUUUUUUCUGCUCAUCUGCUUUUGCUUAGCUUUACUAUAAUGCUUUACUCACAGCACUGUAGAUACAUCACCUCAUAUCUUUAUUCAUGCUAAUGGUUAAGACACUGAUUAAGUUUAAGUGUUUACUGUAAUGAUCAUCUCUGUGUACAUAUGUGUAUUUAUUUAUCUAUUUAUACCUUAGUUUUACAGUAUUGAAAGUGGUUGUUUGGUUAAUUUAGUUCUGAUUUUGCAGUGUAAAUUAAAAGAUCAUUAAAGAGAUUAUGCCAACUUUUUUUUUAGAAGAGAUGCAAUUGUCUCUGUAUUGAGGUUGAUGAAUUAGGCUGUUCUCCCUAUCCAUGAAUGAUAAAGCUUGUAGAGAGUCACCUCUGAGUCAAGAAGACAACACUUGUAGUUUUAUAGUCUUGACAGAUUUCUUUUGAAAGUCAAAUCCUCAAGCAUGGGUCCUUUUUCCUGUUAGAGAUUUUUAUUCGUUUUCAAAAGAAUGAAAUCAGAAUAGAGAAAUGGAACUGGUCUUUCUUAUUGCAGAUUCAUUGUGGUCUGUAAGUGUUUAUGAAAAAUGCAUUCAAAGUGACAAGACAUGAUGAAAGUACCCAUGAAUGAGAAUGUCAGGACAACUUAGUGGCAAAAUUGCACUGUUAUGUAGAUGAAGCACUGAAAGCUCCUGUCACUUUUCCUCCUCCUUCUUUCCAAAACUUUUGAAAUUGGGAGUUGCGAUCACUUCAGACCAAAAUUUAGAUGUAAAGAUGUCAUAAUCAUAGGC